UGUCUCUGUUAUCACCGGAGCACGAGCCGCUGGGUGUGACGUCACGGUCACGUUGGCUGCGGGAGGUAUAAUGUGCUGACACAGCAGGAGAGAGAGAGAGAGAGAGACGGACUGAGGACUGAGGAUGGAGGACGACUGUCAACCGCUGCUGAACUCUGACUCUCACCGAGGAUCCACCGACUCCCUGGACCUGAAGAAUAAACGGCCGUUCCACGUGGAGCCCAGAAACAUCGUAGACGAUGAUCCUCAGGAACGAGUUUCUGCUGAAGCCGCCAUCUUAAACAGCAGAGUUCAUUAUUACAGUCGACUGACGGGCUCCUCUGAUAGGUUGCUGAGUCCUCCAAACCAUGUGAUCCCCACCCCAGAGGAGAUCUACGUCUACAGCCCGCUGGGAACGGCGUUCAAAGUGACGGGCAGCGAUGGCUUGUCCAAAAACCCCAGCAUCAUCACCAUAUUUGCGAUCUGGAACACGAUGAUGGGCACGUCGAUCCUGAGCAUUCCGUGGGGAAUCAAACAGGCCGGGUUCACGCUUGGCGUCCUCCUCCUCGUCUUCACCGGUCUGCUCAUGCUCUACUGCUGCUACAUCGUCCUCCGGUCACCCAGAGCCAUACCGUAUGUGGACACAUCGGAGUGGGAGUUCCCCGAUGUCUGCAGGUAUUAUUUUGGAAAGUUCGGUCAGUGGUCCAGUCUGCUCUUCUCCAUGGUGUCUCUGAUCGGAGCCAUGGUGGUCUACUGGGUCCUCAUGUCCAACUUCCUCUACAACACGGGACAGUUCAUCUACAAUUACGCUCACAACGUCAACGUUUCAGACUCAGAGUUUGGGACCAACGGCUCGGACAGAGUGAUCUGUCCCUAUCCAAACACGGACCCCGGGGGGAACCUGACCUUCAGCACCUUCUUCAUCAGUGGGAAUGAAACUGACGGGAACUCUUUUGAACAGUGGUGGAGUAAAACCAACACCAUCCCUCUGUACCUGAUCGUCCUGCUGCUGCCGCUGCUCUGUUUCCGCUCCGCCUCCUUCUUCGCCAGGUUCACCUUCCUAGGUACCAUCUCAGUGGUCUACCUGAUCACACUGGUCACCAUCAAAGCUGUCCGCCUUGGCUUCCACCUGGAGUUCCACUGGUUCCUUCCCACACAGUUCUAUGUUCCAGAGCUCAGACUUCUCUUCCCUCAGCUGACAGGAGUCCUCACGCUGGCCUUCUUCAUCCACAACUGCAUCAUCACACUGAUGAAGAGCAACAGGAACCAAGAGAACAACGUGCGGGACCUGUCAGUGGCAUACCUCCUGGUAGGAGUGACGUAUCUGUAUGUGGGAGUGUUGAUCUUUGCUGCCUUCCCCUCUCCUCCUCUCUCCAAAGACUGCAUUGAACCAAACUUCCUGGAUAACUUCCCCAGUGAUGAUGUGAUGGUGUUUGUGGCUCGGGGCUUCCUGCUGUUCCAGAUGAUUACGGUUUACCCCCUACUGGGCUACCUGGUCCGGGUCCAGAUGAUGGGCCAGAUAUUUGGAAACCAUUACCCCAGUUUCUUUCAUGUUCUGGCUUUGAACAUUUUAAUCGUUGGAUCUGGAGUCCUGGUGGCAAGAUUUUAUCCAAACAUCGGAUCCAUCAUCAGGUUCUCUGGAGCGACCUGUGGUCUGGCUCUGGUUUUUGUCUUUCCAGCUUUAGUCCACAUGAUUUCUCUGAGACGUCAGGGGUUGCUCCGCUGGCCGUCAGCUGUCUUCCACAGUCUCCUGAUUGUUCUGGGUGUGGCCAACCUGCUGGCUCAGUUCUUCAUGUAGAACGUAAAGACACUUUUCACUGUCAGAAAAUCAACAGGAUGAAAGUUGGACUCAGGGUCUGAUCUCCUGCGGGGGAGAAGAUGAACUCUCUGUGAGAUUAGAACAGAAGAUGUGAAUGUUUCCCGUCAGUCUGUUGGCUUUGUGUUUGUUGUUCAGUCAGACUCUUAACAACCAGGAGAGACGUUUGAUCAUCAUGUUGAAAUAAUUACAGCGAAUCACAUGACAUAGAUCAGCUGAUGGGAUAACUGUCUGCUGCCCCCUGCUGGAGUUGUUUUAUGUGUUACAGCUGAUUUUAUUCUUCUAUAAAGGGAAUCAUGUGUUGGUGAUGAGACAUUUUAUAUGUUAUAUUUUAAUUUUUAUGUUCACAUGUUACCUCUUUUCUAGAAACUGUGUUUAAAGUAUUUUACUAAUGAUAGGACAGACAAAGGGAAUUUAUUUAGAGUGUAAAUAAACUGUUUUUGUCCAUGACAACUUUUUUUUUGCUUUUAAUAAAACACUUUUAAUCAAAGAAAAAGUCAGACUAAUAAAAAUGAUUAUCCAAACUGUCA